AUGCAGUGCAAGUGAUUUCCUGUACCAUUUAUUCUUUUGAAAUGCAUGAUCAGUUGCUGCAUUCUGUGUUUUUGUUCAAAUUAAUUACUAUGUUCUUUUUAAUUUUUGUUUUAAAUCUUUUUUACACCUGCUCCAUUAUAUUCCUAACUGCCUUUUAGUAUUCUCAAGUGUAGAAUUACAUUUUAAAACUAAGACCUGCAUCAGUAUGGACAUAAUUGCAGUUUUAUGCCUCCUUAAAGUACAACACUACAAAUGGCAGGAAGAAGUGAAUAAGUAAACAAAAAGCCACCUUGCAAUUGUUUAAUUUUCAUGCCUGAGUUGAGAAUGUGGCAGGAUUCAACUAUACUGUUAAUUUUAUUAACUAUCUAGCAGUUAUGCAGCACGGCAUAAUAGUAUGAUUCCAAGUAUCAAUUCCUUGAUUCCACAAAAUCUGUUAGAAUGUACUGCUCUUGGGACGCCCAGAUAUGAAGUUUUUUUUCAUGAUGUCACUGCAUGCUCAGUAAGACUGUUAAAUUGUGACUUCUAAAUGCUACUGGGGGAAAAGAGGAUACAUAAACAUCUGUGCUCUUUUCCUUUCUCAUCUUUUUACUGUACAAUUUCCUACAAUCCAUUUUGAUUGAGAGGAAUGAUUGUUUUAAAUGAGUUUUGCGCUGUAGGAUUAUUAUUUUUUUGCAGCACUGAGAUUAUGCAUGUUUGUCUUCUCUGAUUUAUUCCAUGUUUAUUAUGACUGACAGUUAGGGAAUGAUUGGGGUAGAUAAAACGAUGCCGUGAUAUGUUAAUUCCUUGUGGCGAUUGUCAUUUUUUUGCAGGCAAUCCAUCUGGUCAUGCUAAAAAAGCCCUGAAGCAGCGGUUCCUCAAGCUGCUCCCCUGCUGCCGCCAACCUAAAUCCAUCCCCUCAAUCAGCGAAAACAGCAUAGAGGAUGAGCUUGAGCUCUCUACGGUUUGUCAUCGGCCUGAGGGUCUAGAACAACUACAGGAACAAACUAAGUUCAGCCGCAAAGAGCUACAAGUCUUAUACCGAGGCUUCAAGAAUGAAUGCCCUAGUGGGAUCGUUAAUGAAGAGAGUUUCAAACAGAUCUACUCACAAUUCUUCCCACAGGGAGAUUCUAGUACAUAUGCAACUUUUCUUUUCAACGCAUUUGAUACUGACCACGAUGGCUCCGUCAGUUUUGAGGAUUUUGUAGCUGGUUUAUCCAUUAUUCUCCGUGGCACUGUAGAUGAUCGGCUCAGUUGGGCCUUCAAUCUCUAUGAUCUGAACAAAGAUGGCUGUAUCACCAAAGAGGAAAUGUUGGAUAUAAUGAAAUCCAUUUACGACAUGAUGGGCAAGUACACUUAUCCAGCCAUGAGAGAAGAUGCACCCCAGGAACAUGUGGAAAAUUUUUUCCAGAAAAUGGAUCGGAACAGAGAUGGUGUGGUGACCAUUGAUGAAUUCAUUGAAUCCUGUCAGAAGGAUGAAAACAUCAUGAGUUCCAUGAAGCUUUUUGACAAUGUGAUCUAGCUGACCACAUCUGGAGCCAAGACCAUCAUAUACACACCAGGGCUUCUCUCCUUGGUGUAUCCUGAGGCACUCUUCCCUUGGCUGCAUGGACAAAGCAGGCCCAUUUUGUGGAGACAAUCCUCAUGUACUCAAGAUCCAACUGGGGUGGGAUGGGGAAUCCCCUACAAGGGGAAUGAAAUGGGAGUCUUUGUCUAGAUUCAAUAAGGAUAGGCAAGGUGUGUGUCCUAGAAUUUACAAACUCUUAUUCUGGGAAAUUAACUACAAAAUGAAUUGUCGCCUCCCCACAAAAACUGCACUGACUGUUCACUAUAUAAUGUGCUUUUCCUUAAGACUUCUCAAAAUCACGGCAACCCCAUGAUCCUGCAUUAGGGCUUUCACACCCUCAAAUGGCAAUGUAAGCAUCAUUUAAAAAAAAAAACCUAUUGUAAAUGCACUCUUACCU